CGCAUCUCCGCCUGUGUCCCAAGCCGGGAAAAAUCGCCCCAAGGAGCCCCUUCUGGGAUUUGAUGCUCUCUGCAGUUAAGUUCUUCCUGAAGUCUGCCCUAAAUCUCUUCUCCGCUCUUGACUGAGGUCAUGUGAUAAAUAUUCAUCUACAACAGGAGCUUGUUAAAACCCAGAUUCCUGAGCCCAGCCCAGAGUUUCUGAAUCGGAGACAUGGGUCCCAUCCCUGGUCCUGGAGAAUUCCACAUGCCACGCCUGUGCACCGCAACUAGUGAGCCCGGAGCCUUAGUGCCCAUGCUCUGCAACAAGAGAAAUCACAGCAAUGAGAAGCACUGCAACAGAGUAGUCCCCGCUCACCGUGACUAGAGAAAGCCCUCACUCAGCAAUGAAGACCCAGUGCAGCCAUAAACAGAUUCCCCGGGAGAAGACCAGGAGACAGUCUGGGAGACUCCAGGCCCCGCAGGCCCUCUGCUGCUCACCCUCCACUGUGCCUCUUCCCCUCCAAGGAUGACAAGCCCACUGCUCAUGUCCUUGGUCAGCUGCCUCGUUGCUGUGAAUCAAGCCAGCCUCAUCGGCCGCUGUGACUUGGCCAAGGUGCUGCACCAGGAGGACUUGGAUGGGUUUGAGGGCUACUCCCUGACUGACUGGCUGUGCCUGGCUUUCGUAGAGAGUGAUUUCAACAUAACAAAGGUGAAUGAAAACACAGAUGGCAGCUUUGACUAUGGCAUCUUCCAGAUCAACAGCCACUACUGGUGCAACGAUUACCAGAGUCACACGGAAAACAAUUGCCAAGUGGACUGUCAAGAACUGCUGAGCCCCAAUCUUCUCGCAAUUAUCAACUGUGCAAAAAAGAUUGUAUCCGGAGCGGGGGGAAUGAAGAACUGGGUGAAGUGGAGGCUGCACUGCGCCGGCAGGCCCCUCUCCUACUGGAUGACAGGCUGUCACCUGGCGUGAGGCAGGGAGCAGGCCUGUGGUGGAGUCAUUCCAGAACUCCUCUCCUCACUCGGGAAUUCUUCAAUCCUUCUUCCUCUUGCCUCCACUUCAUGUUAUUUUCUUCCCUUCCCAUUUACAAAUAAAACUGACCAGAGCCCCAGGAAUAAAUGGUUUUCUAGGGCUUCCUCCUUGUUCCCAUCCAGGCCCAGGUCCCUGGUUCCUGACUGUCAUUUGCAAACCAAGAAGACCACGAUGAAAGAAGCUUCUCUAUUUUUUGGAAUUAUUAAACCAUUCCUUGUGCAAA